AGCAAAACACGAACAAAUUAUUGGCGCCCAGGCAAUCAGCUGACAGUGUGACCAGUCUAAGCGCUGCCAGACCGGUGGAUAAUGGUGGUGACAACAGCUGUUCGCAAGCACAACAAAAAAACAAUUUAAUAUGCUAAGACAGGAAUUUCACAAAAAAUCCACUUUAAACACCAUGUCAUGAAACAUCACUGAGGAUUACGUGGACGUGCAAAAUCAAAGCGGUGUAGAUAGAGCCCUUCCGUCCAAUCCGUCCAGCAGCCUCCCGAAAACCAAAAUCAAAGUAGAGCAACGACUCCCGGCUGCGGCGGCUGCAACAACACGAACGAAAAACCUCAACCGCAAUCGAUGCCCCACUGCCACAUAAUGGUCUAUAUGCGAAUUGUGCUGACAACCUUGACAAUUGUAACGUGCCUGCUGGGGGACAACUUUGUGGAGCUGACCCAGCAUCCGCUGCUGAAGGCCCUGGCGGACAAUGCAACGCACGCGGCCAUCGGCGCCCUGACCGGCAUCGCCUUUUCGAUGCAAUUCUACGAGCGGACCACGCAACUAUUUGGCUGGAUAUUGAUUUUCACCUGUUUCGUUGUGUCAUCGUUCAUUGACUUGGAUCACUUUGUGGAGGCCCGUUCGCUGUACCUGGAGGAUGCCACAAAUUUGUCGCGUCGUCCGUUCCUACACUGUUCCAGCAUCAUUGUGGUCAUGUUGCUGUUCUACAUAUGCACCGCGUGCCUGAACUACUUUCGCACCAGCCUGCUGCUGGGCGCCCUGCUCUGUGCCUUCAUCACACAUCAUACGCGUGACGCUGUGCGGCGCGGCUACUGGCUGUGUCCCAUGGGACACACGGAUCGCGUGCCGCAGCUGGCCUACAUCCUAAUCACGAUCAUGACGCCGCAUCUGUUGGGCUGCCUGCACGCCCUCUGUCGCAGCGUCUUGGUGCUCAACUUUUUGGGGCAAUACGUAAAAUUGAGCGAAUGCAAUUAUCGCGGUGGAUCCGGGUCGGGGUCCAGCUGUUCGAACGACAACUACCGCUAUAUGCAGGUGUAAGGGGAUUGGAGAACCCUUGUGAUACGACAACGUACUGCAGAAUCAUCAAAUGGUGAAUGCAAAUGCUUUGUAGGCUUCAAGCGCAUUAGAUUAGCUUUAACAUUGGAUCAGCUAGUAACGAAACCAAAUACUUCCACACUACAGGACACAGUUUUAGACACUACAAUUAGUUUUAUUCGAGUACCUUUUGGGAACUGGGAAUUCCCGUCCAAUUGAUGAUACAUAUACUUAUUUUUGGCAUUAAUUAGCGUAGGUUUUUACUAGACUCUAAAUACAGAUAAUAUCCGAAUUGUGAUAUGUAGUUGAUAGUGAAUCAAACUAGUGUAACGAGGCAUAGCGCACAACAAAUCAAUUUUGACUAUAUAUCGUAGUGGGCAGGCCCUAGUAUUAUGUAUUUAAGCCAUUUUAAUCUACUCUAACGGAAAGUACUAUAAUAAAUCCAAAUAAUUGCCUUAAACUGAAUUGCUGUCUCAUCAGCCUUCGUAUCACGGCCAACAUACCUCAUAGCACCACUAAUCCUAUUGAUUUCUGCUCACCUCAUAGUUUAUUUUUUUGUUUCUAACGGUCCAAAUUAGUUGCCAUUUACAAAUUGGGCCGUGCUUAGUGCAAAUGGUCUUAAUGGGAAUGCCAUCAUAAAUAGUAGCACUGCUAGAGCUAUUCCCGCAAUUGGCUGAGUCGAUGAUUCUAUCACAUUUCGGUGGCUAAUUUUAAAUGCUUUCCAUUAGAAAUAAAUCACAGUUCGAGUGAAAAACUUCCCAUUAGGCAUACAAAUAGGCGGUUUUCGAAAUAUUCCUACGCUUUUCAAUGGAAAACAUUAACGAUAAAUAAGUGAUAAAAUUGACAUAACAUGUGUGUACGUGUGUUAAGUUAAGACAAUGACUAAAACGGAUACAAAGCAUUGCCAGGCGAGCUCCACGUCCCACGCAACGGUAAUUUCAAAAUAACAGUGAAUAGCAGUAGCAGAAACAAAAUAAUUGUGGCUCUGGUUCUCCUUGUUCUGCUUGUGCUGGUGCCACCCACAUCAGAGAUUUGCUUGACAUGCAAAUGAUCAUCUCGUUUAGGAUCGUGUCGUUUGUGGACUUUUAUUUAUGUUAUGUGAUUUGGCGUGGCGUCUGACCGAUCAUUUUGAAUGUGGUGGAUGGUGUUAGCUGAGAGGCGACAAGCCGAAGAGACAUCCACAAAUCUGUGAGCAGUACAAAAAGUGUCUGCGAGGCGGCAACACACCGGAAAAGCUGACAAAAAGGGGUCGCGUCUCUGGCUGGCCCACUCUCUCCCGCGCUCUCUACCUCGUGUGUGUGCUGUGGACUUGUGCGUUGGUCAAAAUUGCGGAACAAGAGGAUAACAGUGCCAAUCCGUUCGCUCUUUUCGAGCUCGUUGGAGCGCCGCAAACUGUUCAAUAUUGUUUGGGAUUCCGUGGCGAGACGAUCGUCGACAUCGCGCGCACUACGACAUCGAGUCGUUAAAAUAUACAAAAAAUUCUAAAGCGACAAUUCUUAUUUACUGCGCACAAAAAAAAAAACAAACCAUUAAUAAUCGCAGAAGAAUUUUAUAUAUCAAAUAUAUAUACAUAUAUGUAUUUAUAAGUCGCCCAGUUAUCAGACAUUCUUGGGAUUCAACUUAAAAGUAAAUCAAAAUACGUACAAAAGUGUGAAAGUGCCGACAAGCGAAAAUAUACAUAUUUAAAGUCCAUUUAAGUUCAUGCAAAUAAGCGAUAAAUAAUCCGCACUGAAACUAGGCCAAAAGCGGCACCCACCCACUCAUCGGAAAAUCACACAUACGCCACCGGCACACCAAGCACCACCUCAUUUGCUGUAGGCUUUGCUUAUCUCCUCCUCAUCUCCGGCAUCCUCAAUAUUGAAUGAGCCCCAUGAGUGGACUACGUCAUCAGCUGAAGAUGCUGGGAACAGCACUGCUGGGCAAGCGAGCCACCAAGUCUGUCAAAAAGAAACCAUUUACAGAGGUGGAAAUUACAGGUAAUUCAC